AUGGGAAGAUCAAUGCUGCUCCUCCUCUUGUCUGCUUCCAUCGCUUCUUUAUUAGCUCCGGGAUUGAAACUGCUGGCUCUGGCCCAACAAAUUCCAGGUUUUAUAAGCAUCGACUGUGGGGCACCUAAUUCAUAUUCCAAUAGUUAUAACGACAUCUAUUAUGAGACGGACAAAGGGUUUACAGAUUCAGGAGAAAACAAGCUGGUUUCCACAGAAUACUUCGACCAAGAUUAUGUGCGACCUACCAAAAGUUUAAGGAGCUUUCCGAAUGGGACGAGGAACUGCUACACGCUUAAACCGGAUAGAGGCAAGAACAGCCUUUACUUGAUCAGGGCCCACUUUUGGUAUGGCAACUAUGAUGGAAAAAACGAAGCGCCCACGUUCGACCUACAUAUUGAUGUCAAUCAUUGGGCCACUGUCAACUUGACGACUAAUGUGUUCACGGAAAUGAUAUAUGUCCCCCGAGCAGAUUAUAUACAGGUGUGUGUUGUGAAUAUGGGAAGUGGAAUACCUUUCAUUUCAGUUCUAGAGUUAAGAGUUUUGGACAAUAGCAUCUAUGGAGUUGAAUCUGGGUUCUUGAAGGUUCGUAGGCGGUACGACAUGGGAACAGGCCCUGAAAAUGUUACAAGGUAUCCAUUCGAUGUUUAUGAUCGCAUCUGGAAGGGCAGUGAGGAUUCCUACCCGCUUUUGCCCAGCGCCGGAGCAUCUGCGACGUCCUUGUCUAACAACAGCGAUAAUUACAAGGUUCCGGGGGAAGUUCUUUUGACCGCUGUGACGGGGAGGAGGGGUAAUUCAUCCUUGAGUUAUCGUUGGACAUCAUCGACGCCAGGUACCUGGAUCUUGUACUUCUAUUUUGCCGAAAUCCAGAGUUUGCCGAGUGGCCAACAAAGGGAGUUCACAGUUUCCAUCAAUGGUAAUCAAUUCACAAAGAUUGUGACGCUCGAGUACUUAAAGCCAGUGACUAUAGUCUCCACUCCGGUUGCUGGGUCCCAUAUCAACAUGUCGAUCAUUCCCACAUCGAACGAAUCUCCAUAUCUGCCAAUCCUCAAUGCUAUCGAGGUCUAUAAAAAUCAUGGACUCCCCAACGUACAAACAGCAGAAGAUGACGUGAAAGCUAUCAAUGAUACCAAGGCAACAUAUGGAGUGAAUAAAGAGAGCUGGCAAGGUGAUCCGUGUGUCCCAAGGAACUAUACAUGGGAUGGUCUAAAUUGUAGUUAUGGAAAACUUCCAAGGAUUAUUUCAUUGAACCUGAGCUCUAGCAAUUUGAGGGGCAACAUCCAUUCUCCACUAUCAAAUCUAUCAGAAUUGGAGGCCUUAGAUCUGUCCAACAAUGAACUUACAGGAGCCAUACCAGAAACUCUGGCAAAUUUGCCGAAGUUGAGAAUUCUGAAUCUAAGCGGAAACAAGCUAAAUGGUUCAAUUCCUGAGGCUCUUAAAAGGAGGGUAACAGACAAGACAUUGGACUUGAGUUCGAGAAACGUAAAUUUACCCACUUACUUUUGUUGCGGGUUCAACAACAAUCCCGAUCUUUGCUGGGCAAGUCCUUGCCCAAAGAAGGAAGCUAAAACUAAAAACUCCAUCUUGGUCCCACUUGUUGCAUCGGUUUUAGUCGUAGUUGUAGUUUUCUGUUUGGUCACUAUUUGGAUUGAUGACCAACAAAGUGAUUGUUUCUUAGCAUAUGGAGAGCUAGGUGCCAAAACUUUAAUCCUGCCUGGAUUUUCACUUCCCAUAGGAAUGGUGAGAUUAAGAUCUUUCGAUUAUGGUGAGAUCACAAGGAUCACUAGAAACUUUGGAACAGAGAUUGGUGAAGGAGGAUUCGGGAAAGUAUAUCUUGGCACUCUAGAGAAUGGAACCAAAGUUGCGGUGAAGAUGCUCUCAAAAAAAUCAUGGCAGGGGGACAGGGAAUUUCAAGCUGAGGAGAAACACUUAAUGAUCGUUCACCAUGGAAACUUGGUUUCUCUACAUGGAUAUUGCGAUCACUCUGAAAACAGGGCAUUAGUUUAUGAAUACAUGGCCAAUGGAAACUUGCAACAGCACUUACAUGGGGACAAACCAAAUGUCUUAACUUGGAAACAGAGACUUCACAUCAUUGUAGAUGUAGCAAAAGGUUUGGAGUAUCUCCAUAAUGGAUGCGAUCCGACCAUUAUCCACAGAGACUUAAAAGCGACAAACAUCCUGCUGAAUGAAAAAAUGCAAGCGAAAAUAUCUGACUUUGGUCUCUCAAGAACAUUCAUAGCUGAGACUGAUGCUCAAGUGUCAACUUGUGCUGUUGGCACUCCUGGCUACCUCGACCCUGAUGCUCAUGUGUCAACUCGUGAUGUUGGCACUCCUGGCUACCUCGACCUUGAGUACCAUUCGACUAAAAGUUUAAACAAAAAAAGUGAUGUUUUCAGUCUUGGAAUCAUACUCCUUGAGCUAAUCACGGGACAUCCGGCAAUGAUGAUGAAGCCAGAAGGAAAUGUGCACAUACUUAAUUGGGCGAAUUCCCUUAUUGAAAGUAAACAUUUGCAGAAGAUCAUGGAUCCAAAGUUAAAAGGAGAAUUCGACAGCACAUCGGCUUGGAAAGCAAUACGGGUUGCAGAGUCUUGUACAAAACCAACUGGAGAUCAAAGGCCUGACAUAGAUCAUGUAUUGGCAGAAUUGAAGGAUUGUUUGAAAAAAGCACUGGAACCCGAAAAAAGUCCAGAAGAUGGGGAGCAAAAUGAGAAAGUCAAGUAG